GUUGGAUCUUGGCGCUUUGUCCCUCUAUUUUUGUUACUACUCACAUAAGAGGUGUUCGUGUCGUGUCAAUUGCGUGUAACGACCAAAACAACCUUUAAACCCACCAAUUAUGUACAUAGCAUGAUAGGUAUCCUGGUAUCUACCCUACUAUGUACAUAUCCGCAAAUUUCAAAGAAUCAACAUCGUCGCGACCAAGUUUUCAUACCUUGGGACUUGACAAUAUCUUGAGUUUCGCAUCCAUGAGUAAUAAAUAUACAUAAUACUUUUACCUUUUUCCAUUCUGUCGAUCAGCAACACCAUAGGUUGCGCGUGGCGCAUACCGAUUUCCUUGCGAUUUGGAUUCGUCAUGUCUUCAGCUAAUGCCUUCAUGCAAUCGCCUGCAGGACAUACAAGGGUUGACUCCUCUGCCAUGUCGUCGUCGCCUAUUAUACCUUCUUUGGAAGAUAUAUUCGCCAAGAACCCCAAAAGUUCGGUCCUGCAAACUGGAGGCCGUGCUCACACGAUACUCAAUGAGGCAAACUCUAUAUACGCCAACGCCGCAAGCGUACUGAGGGACGCACCCGAGAUCGAUAUAGAAACCGAGCAGAUUACUAACUCGCCAUCACCGAAUUUCAACGGUACGACGAGCCGAAAGAACAAGCCCCCCACAUCUGUGGCCACUACGGUAUCUCUAGAGCCACCCAUAUCAAAUGAUAUAUUGCCAAAGGAGAAGCCGUGGCAGAAGUUCAAGAAUCAGAAACCAGCUCAAGAGGUUGAGGAACCAUCGAAACCCAAGGCUCGUGUAGCGAAAAAACAAACCGUGAAGGGAAAGGCUAAAGAGAGAACUGAAACUGUUUCUCGGCAUUUUCCUGCAAAGGAAGGCAUCGCGAAACGUACAGGGGGCAAGUUAGAGAAGGGGAAAUCCAUUGAAAACCUGGAGGAGCUAGAUAUAAAUGGUCCAUCCUGUUCAGAAACUGCCUUGAGGCGGCGCAUAGACUGGACGCCACCUCGUACCAACAGUCCAAUUAUACUCGAAUCCGACUCAGAUAAUCAGGAAUUAUCAUCAUAUUUCAACAAAGCAACAAGCUCAAAAGAUGUAUUCCAAAAUCUUCAGCACCAAUACGCGCGCAAAGACACUUCGUCACCAGCUGCGUCAGAACACCAACAGCAGGCAGACAUCCUCAAGAAACGGAAAUUAAUCGAGCUCGUCUCAACAAGUAAUGAGGCUAAUCGUCGUUCGACAGAGCCUUCUCCAGUUAAGGCAGUCAACACGAAAAAGAAAACUAGGACGAUUACGGAGCUGGCAACGGCCCCGUACGCCUUACCUGUAGACGAAGAACUAUAUCUGUCAGGACCAGCAACUAAAGAAUCCUUGCUCAAUUAUUUCGACGCUGAUGGCGACGUCAAAGCUCUAGUUGAACAACAGACGGCUGUCAUGUCUCAGAAGAAAGGAAAAGCCAAGGAACCGAAAGCACCCGCAAAGCCGAAGCGCAAGAAGAAGUCUGGCACGGUAGAAAAUCCAAUUCUUUUAUCACCAAGCUCCGCCUUAAAACAAACUACGAAUCAAGACUUUGUCUUUGGAACGUCAAGUCAGUUGGUCAGGGAAGAAUCGCCUAGUACGCUCAGAGAUCUUCAGUUGGUAAUACAAGCUUCAAACCAGGCCGAAUCCGAUCUUCUUUCCGACUCCGAUGGUCAUGGACUUUGGCAUGCUGGUGCCAGAGAUAUUGACGGCGAUCUUAUGAAACUAGACGAUUUAGGAUUCGUCGAGGACUCUUCUCCACCGUCGCCGCUUGACGAUUUCCUUGAUAUCAAUGACAUUCUAAAGCCAUCUGAUGCCAAUGAGCCAGCAAGUGUACGCAAUUCAAUCCUUCAACAACCCCAGACAAGUAUAGAAGCACCUACGGAGCCUCAAUUAGGUGCUGGUACCCAUAAUGCGCGGCCAGAUUAUAGUUUACUUAACGAUGCGCAACUUGCUACGAAAGUUUCAUCGUAUGGGUUCAAGCCAGUGAAGAGACGCCAAGCUAUGAUUGCUCUUCUUGAUCAAUGCUGGUCCAGUAAGAAUCCGACAGCCUCGGUGGAUCAGUCAAGAUCGAUCAGCACUUCAUCCAAUUUGAAUGCUUCUAAGAAGAAACAACCACCUCCCACGGAACCGGACGUUUCUCCGAAACGACGUGGCCGCCCGAGGAAAAACUCGGCCCCGGAAGCAGCUAGUCCGAAAAAGACUCGUGGUCGUCCGAAGAAGGCAGCUGCGAAAGUAAUCGAGAUCGCAGAUUCAGAUGCCGAAAUGUCCAUAUCCUCACCGCGAACAUCGUUAGACGAGGACAGGAUGUUCUCCUCCCCACCGCCCGUAGACCUAUCCAUGACGGACGACGCCGACAUGUCUCUGGCGCUAUCGCCUACGGACCAGCAAACGGUCAUGUUCAGACACAUUACGAAAGCGGUGAUAUCGGCGCCGCGGUCGCAGGACCCGGCGAGGCCGUCGUGGCACGAGAAGAUGCUGCUGUACGACCCCAUCGUGCUGGAGGACUUCACCGUGUGGCUGAACGGCGCCGAGGGCCUGGGCACGACGGGAUACGACGGCGAGGUGUCGCCGAAGGAUGUCAAGAGCUGGUGCGAGUCGAAGAGCGUCAUCUGUCUCUGGAAACAUAAUUCUCGUGGUCGGGAAAGGAAGAGAUUUUGAGUUUCUGCCUUACUGACGGGCGUGGGAGUUGUAUAGGUAGCGAGCGGCCCGUAGGUCGGUCUUAUGUGCCUAGCUACUCUUUCAUGGGGAGGAGGUAGUUGGGUAAAGUUUAAGUGACUUGUUAUCCAAUAGCUUGGUUCAACUUCUAUUUCUCCAUGUGUAGAUAGCUAGCUGGAGAGAUGCUAGAUGUGCCCAUCGAAAAAUAACGUGAAACCCCUUUA